UGUGACCAAUCACAGUUUAGACUGGGAGGAGACUAGCCCGCCUUCAUGUUGGACACGCCUCUAUGUUCAGGGAACACCGCUUCAUACAUACACUGUUGUUAGCGACGUAGCCUCUCCGGCCAAUUUCUUUUUUGACAUUUCCAUUUGCGACCACUUCUAAUAACUUCACUUUUUGUUAGGGCCAGCUGAAUGCACGAGUAGUGGUUCACUGGGUCAAAGUGUUGCUGGUGGCAGUCCUGCGAGCCCCUUUGAGUAUGCGUAUACAAUGAAGAGGCGUGUGGAGGACCAGGAACCGAUAUUUGCGCCCCAGCAACAGCAAGUACGUCGUCCCCAAGUUCAAGGCAUUGCAGACAGCUUCCAGCACCGGGCCCUCGCCCCGGCCCCUACUGUGAUAGAGGCAUCUGCAGACAACAUGCAGCCAUCCACCGGCAUCCAGUACUCUCUCCCCCAAGGCUACCAGGUGCCAACAUUGCCUCAGAGCACAGGUGGACAUGGACACGGACAUGGACAUAACAACACUGCCCCUCAUGUUGGUCCCCAUGCACACAGCCUGGCAGUUCAGUCCCAGGGACCCACAGUGGUCCAGGGUCACGUCCAUCCACCUGCACCCAUGACUUCUACCCAAGGACAGCAGUUUCAGCGACUAAAGGUGGAAGAUGCCUUGUCCUAUCUGGAUCAAGUGAAGCUGCAGUUUGGGAAUCAGCCACAAGUUUACAAUGAUUUUCUUGAUAUUAUGAAAGAGUUCAAGUCACAGAGCAUAGACACUCCUGGAGUCAUUAACCGCGUGUCCCAGCUCUUCAAGGGCCACCCAGACCUCAUCAUGGGUUUUAACACCUUCUUGCCACCCGGAUAUAAAAUUGAGGUUCAAACCAACGAUCUAGUCAACGUAACCACGCCAGGCCAGAUCCACUACAUCACGCCUCAUGGUAUUUCUGUUCAUAACAUCCCUAUAAGUGGAGCAUCCAGCCAACCUGCAAGCCACAACCAGCACCAGAGUCUGCCACAGGCUGUCCCCCAAACCCCCACCACAACUACCACUGCCCCACCUGCCCCCACCCAACCGGCCCCGAGUAAAACCAGCAAGCCAAUUCAGUCUCCAGCCCACACACCCACCAGCCAGCCCAACCCAUCCAUCCCUUCCUACGCCUCACCGCGCUCACCUUCAGUUCAGUCCCACACUCCUGUGAGCAGCACACCGUCCGCAGGGCCACCUCUCCAAAACAACCAGCCUGUGGAGUUCAACCACGCUAUAAAUUAUGUCAACAAGAUCAAGAACCGCUUCCAGGGCCAGCCGGACAUCUACAAAUCCUUCCUGGAAAUACUUCACACAUACCAGAAGGAACAACGAAACGCUAAAGAAGCAGCAGGUAACUACACCCCAGCACUGACUGAGCAGGAGGUCUACACUCAGGUGGCGAGACUCUUCAAGAACCAGGAGGACCUGCUCUCAGAGUUUGGACAGUUCCUGCCCGAUGCAAACAGCUCGCUGGUGAGUGCCUUUUAG